AAUAAGCAGGUCCGUGGCGAUAUUAUGAGGUUUCACUGUUGAGCAGGGCAACGCCUCGGUGCACAGCUACUGUACGGGAACGUCAUUGACCCCAAAUGAAUCAGUUUAGACCUGAUCUGACAUUGUUCAAUGACUUCACUUUACCUGUAGCCUUUUUAAGUAGUUAACUGGUGUCAUAGACAGAUUCUAAGUUUUUGGCUUUUUUUCUUGCAAGAAACAGAUGUGAUGCAAAUUUAGAAAUUAAAUCUACAGAUUUAAGUUCAUUUUAAUGACCUGUUAAAUUUUAUUGUAUCAGAUUACUGAUGAGCAGAAGGUGUGUGUGUUCAUGUUGAGACGGUCAAAGCCUUUAAUUUCAUUCGGAAUGAGUCUGGCAUCAUUUGUUGAUUAUCCCUGUUUAGCUGCUGCAAGGAUUAAUCGUCUGGCUAUUAAACAGUCCAACGCACAUCUGGACUAAGAUGUUGGAUGAGUGCAAGUUACAUACGGAGGAAAGGCAUCUACAAAUUAAAAUAUGCAGACUUAACCCAACAUGUACAGCAUGAAGCGCUAUUAGCAAAUGACUCCCAACUAUGUAUUCUUUGCAGAAAUGCUGCAGGAGAGACACAAGGCAACCGCAGACCAGCUGAACUCCAAACUGUUUAGAUGUAUGAAUAGUUCACCUUCAUGGUCUGAGUUACAAGAGCAGUACAUGAAGGAAAAGGGAAACAGCCUCAAAAAUGAUCUGACCAACAUGGUGACUCAGCGAGAAUCACAGUCUGAAACUGAUUUAAGAGAAAGCAGUGAACCAUGGAUGCAAACAUUAAUGUUCGCAUCAGUCUGUUUACAUUUGCAUGUCAACAUUAGCACUUCACGGAACAGUACAUGCACGAAGGUAACGCUUGAAUUAAAAUAUCUGCAAACGAAAUUCAUUUGGUGUCAACCAAAGCAUUUAAUCCAUAAAUGAAAGUCACUGUCCAGCCCCUGUUAACCAGAUGUUAACUAGAUGUGAAGUUGUGACGUCAGACAUGUUGAAGGAGCGAGCGAGAGAGAGAAGGAUGGAAGAGGAUGAUCGUCUUUAAAACCUUAAGCACCCAGAUCAUCUCAGGCACAGCAUUAGGGGCGCCGUCUGCUCCUGGCAGCUGGAUGAUGCCAGCUGUGUGUUUGGUGUGACGUUGUAGCUUCCGAGCGGUUUCACUUGUAGGUGUAGGACGAUAAACAUUUGCGAGCCGCUCAUCCAGCACCAUGUUGACCCGCCUCCGAGCGCGUAGCAGGAGUUUGUUCCACAGCUACAAACUGAGCAGCCGGACCCAAGGCACCAACGAGCCCGAUGACGCUCUGGACCUCAUCUACGCUUUCAAGCCAUGGAACUCCAUGCAGGAUCUGGGCAGGGACAUCUAUGAUCUUUACGCCGAGUAUGCAGAAGAAGAGGAGGAUGAGGUUCCUGGGUCUCCCUCACGUCUGCUCCUGUCUCCAGACAAACAGCUGAUUCUGAACAUCAACGUUGGUGGGACGGUGUACCACCUGCCCUACAGGCUGGCUGCCAGGUAUCCCAAGACACGGAUAGGCAGGUUGGCCACGUACAUGGACCACAGCAAGAAGCUGGACCUGUGUGACGACUACAUUUUCCAGAGCAACGAGUUUUUUUUCGAUCGAGAUCCUCAAAUCUUCCACGUUAUCUUCAACUUCUACAGGACGGGUGUGCUCUGCAUUAAAGACGAGCUGUGUCCCCGCAGCUUCCUGGAGGAGAUCAACUACUGGGGAGUCCGAAUCAAGAACAGCCAGCGCUGCUGCCGCAUCUCCUUUGAGGAGAGGCAGGAUGAGCUCAACGAGCAGCUGAAGAUACAGAAGCAGCUGAUGGCUGAGGUGGAGAUGGAGGAGAACGAGGUGUUAUUUGACUACAUGAUCUUUGGAAGCAGCAGAAGGAAAAUCUGGAACCUGAUGGAGAAGCCGUUCUCCUCCAUCAUGGCGAAGCUGAUGGCCGUCGCCUCCUCCAUCUUUGUUCUGAUCUCUCUUGUAGCUAUGACGCUCAACACUGUGGAGGAGAUGCAGUACAAGACAGCGUCCGGUCAGCCCAGUGGCAGGUUCUACGGCGAGUACGUUGAGACCUUCUGCAUUGCCUUCUUCACCCUCGAGUACCUCCUGCGCCUGGUGUCCACACCCGACCUGAAGUGCUUUGGACGCAGCAUGCUGAACACUGUUGACCUCAUCGCCAUCCUGCCGCACUACCUGCAGAUGAUCCUGGAGUGCUUCGAGGACGAGGACGUGCACCGGCACUCGGGAGACAUCGAGACUGUGGCUCGUGUUGGGAAGGUGGGUCAGGUUCUUAGGAUAAUGCGCCUGAUGCGAAUCUUCAGAAUUUUGAAGCUGGCUCGUCACUCGACAGGCCUCAGGGCCUUCGGCUUCACACUGAGACAGUGCUACCAGCAGGUGGGCUGUCUGUUGCUCUUCAUUGGCAUGGGGAUCUUCAUGUUCUCAGCCAUGGUCUACACUGUGGAGCACGACGUUUACAACACUAACUUCACCUCCAUACCACAGGCAUGGUGGUGGGCCGCUGUGAGCAUUUCCACGGUGGGCUACGGCGACAUGCUCCCCGAGACCAACCUGGGCCGCAUCUUCGCCUUCGCCUGCAUCUCCUUCGGCAUCAUCCUGAACGGAAUGCCCAUUUCCAUCCUCUACAACAAGUUCUCCGACUACUACGCCAAGCUCAAAUCCCACGAGUACACGGCCAUCACCAGGGCCCGCGGGAAGCUGCACUUCACCAGACGGGCGGCAAAGAGGUUUGCAGAGUGCUGUGAGGACGCCGUCCAGCUGAGGACGGCCCAGCUGCAGUGACUGGAGUGAUGCACAAAGAUAGCUUGACCCUUAUGAGGGCAGUACCCAGAAUGCACUGCAGUGGAUAUGAAACCAUGUUUCAGGGUUAAACGGGUGCAAAUGAUGACAUGGCUGGAUUUCAUCAGGCUGCUUUAGGUCCACAGUCCUGCUGUUGUAGAUAUGGCAGAUGUGUCAUAUUUGAUUUUAGUGAGGCAGAUCUUCGGAACUGCUUCGAGUGUGGUCGCAAUUGUGAAUUUUCUUGCCUGAAGAACUAAAUUUACUGGGAGUCACACACAUUUAUGGGAAAGAUCAUUUUAAUACCAUUAGCUUUAUAAAAUCUCUGCUUUUAAACUCCGUUUCCUCUGCUGAUAAUUAUCAGUCACAUUACUGCUCAAAAACAAACAGCACAAAUCAAAUACUGUUCAGAUUCUGUGACUACUGUGCUGUAGUCCUUAGCAUGAGCUCACAAAGAUGACCCAUCAUAGAUAGUUUGGGUUUAUGACGUGUACGUGAUCACACAACAGAGUCUCAUUUUAAACGUGUUUGGUUCCAACAUCCUCCAUUGUUCCCUCCCAACAGUCUGCAGCUACAGCCACUGUCAGUCUGGUUGGGAACGCCUCUGUCCAUGCUGAUGUGAAGAGCACGUUGUUAAAUAAAGUGUCUACUUGUUCAAGUUCUCCAGCAGGAUUUCAGCUCCUUUGUUGUUGCUGAUGCUUCUGAGCUCUGAAGACAUUGACUUGAGAGCAGAUUUCACCUCCGCAGCCACAGACUUGUCACAGCUGUUCAGGAGGCUGCAAGCAAAAAUGAUUUUAAAACAAAAAGCUCUAUCUAAACCCAACACUUUGGUGCUCAAAUGUCCAUGUGUAAAAGGCACUGACCUGCACAGCACCAUUGCUCCCCUGUUAACUUUGGCCCAUGUCUUCAGUGUGUCUGUUCCUACUGUGUCCACCAGGAUCCUGCUGAAGCGCUCUGAGAGAAGCCACAUAAGACACAGAGAGGGAGAAAGAAAAAAGAAAGAUGCUUUGGUUUCUGUCAUUCUCAAACAAAAAAUAAAUGACUUAAAUUGU